CUUUCACGAAAUACCAAAUGAGCGACGUCAAGGGAGCCGAUAAACCAAUAAUAACCUAUUGCGUCGAAUACGCACAAUCGCAAACAUCCAAAUGCGCUACUUGCAACCGAACGAUUCCUAAUAAAUCUUUGCGAUGUGGAGAGAUCUUCCGCAGAAGCAAGAAGGAAAAAAAGCAGUUGUCAAAGACAACAUGGUACCACUUCAAGUGCUUUCCCGUGCCUGAACUUCUUACAAAGCUUCCCAUCGAGCAGUUCCGAGGAUACCCCGCCAUUGAGGAAAAGGACCAAGAGAGAAUUCAGAAGCUUCUCAAGUUGGGUAAAGGUGCUACGUGGAAUGAACACUUUGGCGCACAGGACAAGAAGAAGGAGGCUGGUGCCGAAGAGGAAGAGAGUAAACCAAAGAAGAAGAAGAGAGACGAAGAUAAGCCAAUCGACAUGACCGCAGGACUGACAGGACAGAAUCCCAAGUCACUCAAGCGACCAAACAAGCAGGCAGAAGAAAAGGUCGCGAAGAAGGCUAAGCCUGUUGAACCCGAGGUCAAACUUCCCAAAUCAGAUAUGAGUGAGGUCGCAUCCAUCUCCAAGGCGAUCCAGGAUUCACUCGCCACCAGCAAGAAGACCAUGGCUUUAUUAGAGAGCAAAAAGAAGAAGAAGGUCCAAGAGAAGAAAGACUGAAGGAGGGCAAAAGUCGCCGUAUGAUAGAUCCUUUCGUUGUAAUCACAUUUUACUGACUGUUUUUCAGUCCCCAUUGAAGCACUUUCCCCAUCCCGUUCAUUCAUAUGAUGUCUUUUUCUUUUUUUUCAAAUAUCUU